CCAGUCUACCGAUAAAAUAUCGUCCUUGAAGAAAAGUGGCUAUUAAAAAUACCAAUUUAGAGUGGUGAUCGUUUUGCGUACAUUCCUUGUCGCACAAUAUGUAGGAUUUGCUUCGAUUGGACAUUACGUCCCGAUAGUAUCGGUGCCAACAAUGUGUUGCGUGAAAAACGUAGAGCCAGCUGGCAGAUUGUAUCGAUUUUCAACCAAACAAAAAUGGUGACAGAUUCGUUGUUAAAUAAAAACGACUGUGGAAAGUGUACAAGACAUUGUUGGCGUUGUUGAGGCAUGAUGUGAGCUUGCAAUACCACUGAGCUUUUUUCCGCUUUGCCGUAGUAAGCCUCACUAAUCGUCGAAAGUGUUACAUUUGGCAACUGUCUGGAAGGCCCCCAAGUGCACUGCUGUGGGUGCAUCACCUUGAGGCAAGGAAGGCUUCAACUUAUUGCAUGUUUUGGAUGCAAGCCACAACAAAUUGCAUAAUGCGCGUACCGUAAUAGGCUGCAAGUGUCCGCACAAAACAAACUAUCACUCUCCAGCGAACUGAAUGUCGCGUGCAGGAGGGAAAGCCUACAAAAACAAAACACUGCCGGAGGUUGACAAAGGUCGGAUCGGGAGCGAUCUUCCGCAGUCGUCUCGCCGUCAUAGCGGUAAUAGUAUUAACAGUGACGCGGUGGUUGUGGAAGAAGGCAAUCGGUGGAAACAGUCGGAUGCGUUGCCGCUUCGACGUCAAAGCCCCGCAAUCGAAUUAAGCCAGCUGAGUGGAAUGUUUUGCAUCUACUCGGCAGUAGCAACCAGUCGGAAGAGCAGCGGACGACUGACCGUAGUAGUUUAAAUGUUCGCGUCGUGGUCGACAGUGGCUUGCUAGUGGCUCAACAUCGCACUGCUGUAUGCUGCGUUCAGUUUCCUUUCUUGUGUUCUUUCAAGCAAAGACAGCAUCCGACGGUCUCUGUAAUGCAGUAUGAUACCGAUCGUUGCAAAUUGAUGAUACUGCAGAGCCCUCGACUAAGAUUUGCAUUUCCAUACGGUGCAUCGAAAGCUAGAGUAAACUCAUCCGAAAAGGCUUUAGUCCAGCGUUGCUGCCCACCCGUAAUCCCGGACAACGUACUGUUCUGGUGACUGUUCAGGGUCUAGUUUGCUGCCCGUCAUUUGCACCAUCGACUGCCGCUGACAUGGGUGGUUCGGUCAGCCAGGUGUUCCGUUCCGGAAGUGCAUUGCUCUCCAACCGGGACGGCCACAAAGUAUCGGAAACGACAGUGGAGAAGGUGAACACCAUCUUCGACGCACUCAGGGCUAAUCCAAAGAUAUCGAUUCAUCGGUUAGAACCUCUGCUAUUGCAAAUUCCAAAGUAUGAAAACAUUCUAGCGAUACAUGACGAGACGGGUUACAAUUUGCUGCAAAAGAGCGUAGGAUUAAAUCAUGUUGAACUAGCUAGGUGGUUACUACAAAGACAUCGUCCGGAUGUGAAUCGGAGUUCCUGUUCUCUACCGCUACACAUAGCCUGCCUGAAAGGGUACGAAGAAUGUGUAGAACUACUUCUAAAACAUGGUGCUAGAAUCGAUACCGAGGCGAGGAUGUGUUUUCCCGGUGCACACUCGCACAACUGCGAGGAAAGUGGAAAAUACAAAAACCAAGGCGAUGAUGUUGUUUGCGAACGGCCAAAUACGAAGCUGCAGAAUGCGGUAUGCUACGCAAUCGACGGUGACCAGAUCAAUGUGCUGAACAUAUUGGCCCAGAAGAUGGAGGAACCGUGGAUGCCGUUCCGGGUGCGCAAACCGUUGCUGCACAUCGCCUGCGAACGGGGAGCUUGGAAGUGCGUACAGCAUCUCGUUCAGACGCGCUCGGACGAGAUCAACCUGAUCAAGGACGAGUACUACCCAAUCCACCAGGCGGUGCUUCACGACGGACGCUUUCUGGAGCUGCUGAUACAGCACGGUGCAAUCACAACGGUGCGGACCUGCACGCAGCAAAUGACGCUCCUUCAUGUUGUGAUACUGGCCGCGAGGAAAUCGGCUGAAGAUACCCUCACCACGAUCCGCAUACUGCUCGAGCGCGGCUGCAAGGAACUUAUCAAUAGUCCAGAUUCUUUAGGCAACACGCCACUUCACGCGAUCAUCGUGCGAUACGCCCUAGAAGAGGCUAGGUACGGUUACGAUAAAUGGAACAAAUGGGAUGUGCUCCAUCUGGUACGCUUUCUGUUGCAAAACGGUGCCAAAAGCUCAAUCAAUCAGGCCGGCAACAGCGCGCUCGCAUGCGUCUUUCGGCACAUACGCGACUGGGAGGUUUGCUACGAGUUGCUGAAUAUGCUCAUCAAGGAAGGGGGAGAUCCCAACAUUGUUGGGAGAGACGGAUCGGUUCCUAUAAUGGUUUGUUUAGUGCCGCUCAUCAACAAAGAUCCACUGCAUCAUUUCACUCAUUCGAUGAAGGUCUGCUACCUAAACUGCAUUCGGAUACUGCUGCAGAACGGAGCCAAUCCGAACUGCUCCUACCGAUCCAACCUAACGCCACUGCACGUGCUGAUCUUCACCGUGUCGGAGAACUUCACGCUCAACUGUGAUAUCCAGAAGCGCACCAAUUUCGAUUUCAUCAAAAACAUCCUGCUAUUGCUACUGCAGUACGGACUCGACUGCAACAUAACGACGCAGCACAUUCUGCAGUCGGUGAUCGAUAUGAUCGUUAAUGUGCGCACCUGUCCGGACAUUCUGUGCGUGUACGAGCUACUGCUCCUGCUGAUCCAGUACGGCACGGAUCCGAACAUUUCGCUCAGCAACAAGCUGAUGGCAAACGGGGCAAGCAGUGCCAGCUCGUCCAUUAUAUUCGUGAAUGAUUUCAUCAACUUUGGGGGCGGCAUUCGCGGUGCACCUGGUGGUGGCGGUGGUGAUGCUGCCCCAGCCGGUGGUGCAGUAGUGGUGGGUGGAAACGGAGGUGCCGGUGCAGUCGGUGGUGGGGGUGUCGGUGGAAAUGGGGGUGGAGCUGAAAUCGCAUCUGGGAGUGGCGGUGGCGGUGGACCCGGUGGAGGGCCAGCUAGUGCUAGUGGGAGCGAAAACCUUCGUAGUUCGUUCCGAAACAACGCCCGCAGCUAUUUGCUGUUUUACUACAUCAUGCUGAUCACGCGUAAGGAAUUUAUCCUACUCGACCGCGAACAGACGUACCAGCGCAUCAUCUACUUGUUCUACUAUUCGAUGAAGCACGAACCGCUGUUCAACUGCCUGAAGACACUGCACAACCUGUUAAUCGCGCAGGUCCCGCAUCGCUCGAUCGACAAUCUACGCCAUCUGAUCAUUACGCUUUACAAAAAGCCACGCAGCCUCAAGCAGCUCUGCCGGGUGUGCAUCUACAAUAGCCUGGGUAAGAAGCUAGCACCCAACAUCAACCGGUUGAGUUUGCCCGGGCCGCUCAAGGAGUACGUCAUGAACUUCGACACGUAGGUAGAAUAUCAUUACGAAAAAGGUAAUCAGUAAGCGUCAGGAGGAAGAAAAGAAAAAAAUGAAACGAUAAAAAAGGGAGUCCGUUUUUACUCCCGAGAUCUCUUCAGCAGGUGCGAUAGUUGUUUGUUAUUUGCUAUAGUUAAGAGCUCGAAAUAAGACACAUUGUGCAUCCCCAGAUGAGUACGGAGGUUAGGAGGUUCUCGACGUUUUAGAUUGUUUUCACUCGAUUUCCACACUUUUUCCAACUUGCACCUGCACCAUUCCUUCCCGAUUCGAUAUUGACACCCUGAGAUUUAUUUCGGAAAUUGCAUAUCCAAUUUCUCUUCUUUUUGCAUUCAGUGAUAUGGUAGAUUGCGUUUAAUUAAAAUAUUCGAUCUCGUUUAUCUCUCUAAUAUUAACCUAAUCUAUUUGAAGCAUUUUUUAUUUCUCCCCGACACUCGACGUGGAUUGUGAAUGCUUGAUUUUGGUUAUUUCCUUCAGCCCAGCAAAGAAACGGCCCGGAAGUUAUUCAUGUCGCUAGGUGAUACAUAAUCGUAGCGGAAGGCUAGAAAAAUAUUAACUAUGCAUGUGUGUAGGUGUGCGCGUGUGUGCGUGUUUGUGUAUAAUGUACAUAUAUGUAGUGCUAGUAAAGAUAUAUUUUUUGAUGGAAAGUUCAUAGAUAAAGAGAUACAAAGAUUGCACAUUAAGACAGCCGGCCGGAAUGCAGUUUACGUUCAAUAAAACAUUAGAUAUGGAAUACGAAAUAACGAUCUUGCACCAUGCACCCGAGCUGCAGGGGACACCGGAAGCCGGAUGUCACGAACAAAUGUCCUACGCCGGCGCAGGUAUAAAAUACGAAUCCCAGCGGCUGGGCAAUGACUGCUGAUCGACUUUGCCAUAACAAAACCGAAUUUCACUGUCAGAUGCAUCUGAACAAAACUACACUACAAGAAAUGUACGAAUCUGUUGGCGUGAGAACUAUGCGUAUUUGCAGGGUGAGGUAGAAACGGAAAGAAGAUGACAUUGUAGCAACGUGCGAAUAUGUAAGAAUAAUAAAAGUAUAGAAAA